AAUCUUAUCGCCCAUCGACCGACUGCAUGUACCGGCCCACUGGUAGAUCUCCGCAUCCCACCAAGGUCAAACGGAACGGCAUAAAAAUACGAGCUACGCCUCCUCUCCCCAUACUACGGCCUAAAAAUGCCUCGUACUCUUUUCUUGUGAUCGUGAUAUUCAACCCCAUGGCAGGCCCUUUGUUAUCCCUUUAUUCAAUUCUAUACUGAGCUCUGGUUGUGUGUGAUUUCCCCUUGCUUAAGCUACUGUGGGUUUAAGCCUGGACACGGACAGCGACAGACGCACGACGGGUGAACGCCAGUACCGUCUGUUGAUUUCGGGACGCGAAGCUGAGCAGAACUUGACGUUUGGUCAAUCCCCAUCUGACACGAAACGGAUUGACGUUAUCUGGAUCCGACACUGCAAACAGUCAUAUAAGUUGUUUGUGCUUUGAGCUUUGCCCUGACUCCAGCUGCUCACAGUGCAACAUCACCAGCGACACAGAGAACCGUGGCUACAAGGCUGCCCGCCAACUGGUCGCCCAACAGUCUGGAGCUCCCCACCUUCUAGACUUCCUGGAUUACAUUGCCUUCUGAUUGUAUGGUAUGGGGGAAAGAGUAUAGGGAUUGCAUGUCUCUUGACAGCACGACCGUAUACUGGUUGCAACAUCACACCCGUGAGGGAUUGGCCCACCCUAGAUUAUAAGUCCCCUUAAUGCCAACCUAAUAUAACAAUGGUCUCCAGUUCAGGGGGAAGCAAUGGCACGCAGACUUCCUCAAAUCGGUUCUCCAGGGCGAAACUGUCCUCUCUUACGCCACUGAUCACAAACCAAAAGGAUGACACUAAACCGGUGGAACGCAAGAGGUUCGCAAGCCAUUCACCUGCACCACGCCAGGGUUCACCUAUGGGCCGUGAUUCACAGCUAGAUGGUUCACCGGCCUCUGUUAGUGGGGGGACCCAGAUUUCAUCCUCAACUCGGCAGCGUCUGCACAGGUACAGACCUGGUUCGACAUUUGGGUCUCUUGGAAGGAAAUCGAUUUUGUCUGUGGAUGAGGCAUCCGUGGCGAGUAGUGAGGCAAUGGAGACAUCUUCCAUUGACAUCUCAUCUGAAGAGGUGGGCUUUGCAUUUCACAAAGAUGGACAGCAGUUGCUGUAUCAUGGGCAGGUUCAGACGACCAUUGGUUUGUUUCGGAAGAAGAAAGAAUAUCUUGCCCUCACAGAUACCCACUUGAUAAGGUUCAAGAGCCUUUCAAGAGCACUGGAGGCGUUCCCAACGAUAUCAAGGGCAAAUAGACGAUACUCUGGGACAAGGCACUCGUCCACGGCAUCGAUCGGAUCAUUACAUGAAAUCCAGUCCUUGAACUCAAGAUCAAGCAGCGAUGGCGACAAUGGGAUUCUCCUGAACCAGAUUGUGGCAGCAUAUAGAGUUGAAGGCGGCAGGCCGUACUUCAUAACGGAAGUCGUAUACCUGGACGAGGCAACAAGUAGCGUCGGCUCGAUCCAGCUUAUGCUCCAAGACCCCCGAGAAGCAGACCUAUGGCACACCUCUAUCCGAGCCGCUGCCCUGAAAGCGAAACUGGUGGCAGACGAACCGUUUCCCCCGCGGACCAUAAGCUACAUCCGACGCCUACUUGAAGCGUCGCAGGACUAUGACGAGAACAACUUCAAGAUAUACCGAGUAGUUCGGCGGCCAGCUAACAAAGCACCUGGCAAAUCUUCCGAGGACUUUUCCAAGUUGAGCUCGACUGCAUGCUAUCUUGUGAUCGGUAUCAACUUGUUGCAUUUGAUUUCCCUGCCGGAUUUCCACGAGUCUCCUUCGCGUCCUAUGAACGUUAAGGCAAAUAGAAACAGCUACGGUUUGGUUUCAUUGGUGACUAUGGAAAUAAACAACAACGAUGACACCUUGGAGCUGGGAUUCCGUAUUCCACUUGAGAAAGCAGUUACUAUUUCCUUGGCAGCGUCCCAGGGCCCGGAUAUUGGACGUGAUAUCUUCAGAUCAAUACUCUACCUCAAGCCACAGUGGCUGGACUAUACCUUUCUGUAUAGCGGACCGAAAGAAGUACUCGAUGAUUCGAAUGUCGAUUUUGGCCCCACUGAGGAUAAUGGAGCGUUUGACAGAACGUUAAUCGCUUACUGUCUUGCUUAUGGCUGCAAUCCUAGUAACAUUAGGUAUACAAUUGGUUACGAGGUCGAAGACUCACCUGAGUUCCUCCUCUUGCCGCCGUCUGACUCAAGACGAUACAGCACACAUGAGCUUCUGACAAUAUUUCGAGCACUGCGCUACAAUGAGUCGUUUCGAUCAAUGUCCUUCGCUGGGAUAGAUCUAGAAUGUCUUCAUGGGACAGUCGACGAGUACGGAAAGGAUCAUAUUGCUUUGAAGUCUCGAUCAGGGAUUCCGAUCAAGAAGUACUUUGACAUAGUCCCCGAUGGAAGGGCCUUGCUUUACCAGGAAGUGCAGGCUUUGGCUUUGAAAACAUACAAAACACGGCGGAUGAACUUUGGUGAUACUCUCCCGAGGAGACGGCCACGAGAUACAUACGAGGAGGAAGAAGGAACAUCUAAAGACCCGGGAUGUGAAAUUGCAGCUGGGAUUUUACCCCUUUGCCGAGCACAACUGACAAAUGUCGACUGGAUAGUCUUCAGUGGCAUUGAACUUGGCGAGACCGAUCUGGAAGAGAUUGCUCCCGCAUUACGUGAGAGACUCUGCCAUUUCAGGUCGUUCGAGGUUGCACGAUGUGGGCUAACUGACCGAGGUCUUCAAGUUUUCUUGAACAACUUGGAGAAGCAAAACGCAACCUUGGAGUGUAUCAACAUAGCUGACAACCCGGGGCGCCUGAACCUGGCAGAUUUCCCCAUAACUAUGAGUCGAUUCUCCCAAAUCAGAAAGCUGGACCUAUCACGAGUAACCAGCACGUCUGGAGACGAGCCCCUGAUAGCUGCCGAGGUCAUGUUGGCCUGGAAGCUUCAGGAGCUCGUCUUGACGGGUGUUCCAAUAAAUGACCAGACUCUCGAUGCAAUCUCAACCUACCUCCAUAGCGAUAUGUCAGAGUCUCUCCACUUACUACAAAUGGAUCAGUGUAAUCUCACUGGCACCCAAGUGGCUGUUCUCAUGCGGACUAUGUGCCAUGUGCCAGGAGAAGGGAGAGACAUGCAGCUGCACAUCAGUGCAAAUAGACUCGAGAAAGGCAACAGCGAUAUUGCCUCUGCCAUCAAAGAUUGCCUGACACCAUCCCAUGUCACCAUGCGGAUGGUGGAAUAUCAAUCGGAAGCUCACUUCAGACAACUUUUGGAGGCCUUGCGGGAAAAUACUACGAUAAAAUGCUUGGACAUCUCCAAGGCGUCGCUUCCAUACGACGCCGGAGAGGAUACAUGCAUUGCUCUACAACGAGUUUUCGAAGAAAAUUCUACACUUGAAGAGCUGGAUAUCUCUGGAGAGUAUGCACAUCUUGAAAUCGCGCGCUUUGGGAUUGGGCUUAACCAUGCUCUGACGGGGUUGAAGAAGAACAACGCACUCAAAGUUCUCAAACUCGAAUACCAAAACCUCGGUCUCGAAGGCGCCAACACUCUUUCUUCAGUGAUUGAAGGCAAUGAUACAAUCACCCAUAUAUACUGCGAGCACAACAAUAUUAAUCUCCAUGGCUUCACAGUUCUUGUCAACGCUCUCGCUAAGAACUUUACUGUUCUCAGUCUGCCCCUGAUGCAGGAUGAUCAGAACGAAGCUGUCAAACGCAUGAGACAUAUCAUCUCUGAUGCUCAUAGCGCCGCCAAAGGAGAAAGUGGGGCGAAACACGCUGUUCGGAAAACGCUGACUACACUUGGAGUCCAUAUGAAGGAGAAGGACAAUCCCAUACCCACGGCGCAGGAUAUUGACCAGGCAAUACAAAUCCUAAAUUCGAGAUGGGCGAAGCAAAAGGACCGCCUCCUGGAGCUAUUGCAGAGAAACUUAAAUAUUGCCCAUGGCCUGGAAACGAGGAGCUUGUAUGAAGAUGAUGCGGAAAUGAGCAAGCUUAUGCGGCCGACGACCGCCGGGAGCGAUUCGUUUAUUAUGGAUGCCGUUAUGCGGAAUACCACGCCCAGAUUCGAGAGAGUUUGCCAUACAGACGGGUAUUUUGACGGAAGGUCCAUGGAUGAUAACCCGAGGGCCGAUGGUAGUCCAGUGGCAAAGCCGCAUAAACGGGAGAGGUCGCUGUCGGAACUCACAGCGAAACUUGGCGUGUUCGAUUUCGAGGUUAGCGAUGAUUGAAAGUAGGGACUUGAUGGGACGGAGUAAUUGGAAGAGUAUAUUGUAUUGCAAGGGAACGGGAAAAGGCAAUUUAAGAAGCCUGUUGGAUUUUUUUGGACAUAGCCGCCUUGUCGGCGGUGCUGCAUUUUAAGGGAGCGAAGGGUUAAGCGCGGGAAGCUUUGGGACGUCACUCAGCGGUAUUGGGGGUUGUGCAAUGGAUCGUGUAGCUUAUUGGUGAUCACGGCGAAGUAUCAAGGCUUCAUCCUCAGCUCAAGUGUCCUCUGAAUAUCUUUGACAGCCAAUAUUAACAUAUUCUGACAAGCUCGAGCUUAUUACCCAUAAGCCCUUCAUACAAGCCAUCCCUCAAGAAACCUAGCCCAAACAGCGCCGAAAUACAAUAGUCCGAACUCCCAAUAAUGCAGACUCCAGCCCAGCCAUCCAGCCAAGUCCAUCCUCCUCUUUCCCCUUCC